ACCAUUCCAACUUGGUUCGUGAGCUCGUGAAGAAGACGCUAGACGUAUUGCUAAACAGCGGUCCCGUGAGGGACGGGUAUUUGCGAAAGAAGAUCGCGAGGAGGAAGGACCUGGUCCAAGUUGCUUCGAGUCCAAAGCGCUCGAGCAAGAUUAUCUUUCCGUCUCCGUCGACGGUAUCUCUUCAUCGUCCAUUCGAAGGAACAGCACGAUGACGGACAGUCAGUAUUCCAGUUAUCAACAGCAAGGAUAUAAUCAGUAUAGCCAGCCACCUCCGGCAACUGGUCAGGAUACAUCGUAUCCACCACCUUCAUCUGGCGGGAGUAGCUAUAAUCAAUAUAGUCAACCGCCUCCGAACUCCAGUGGCAACUACAGUAGUUACAACAGCUAUAAUUCCAGUAAUCAAGACUAUCAGUCACAGAAUCAAGGUAGCUACAGUAGCCAAAAUAGCUACAGUGGAGGCGGCAGCGGAGACAACAGUAAUAAUUAUGGCAGCAGCUAUGGAAACAGUGGAGGUGGCAGUGGAGGAUACAAUCGUAACUCCGGUUCUUACAGCGGAGGCCAAGGAGGUGGCGGUGGAGGCGGUAGAUACAGCGACCGCGGCGGUUACGGAGAUCGCUCCGGCGGUGGUUACAACAGUGGCGGUGGCCGUGGUGGUUAUAACAAAGGCGGCUACAGUGAUCGUAACAGCGGUGGCGGUGACGGAAUGGUUACACAAGAGGAUACUAUUUUUGUAUCCGGUAUGGAUCCAUCGAUCUCCGAAGAAGAAAUUUGUCAACAUUUUGGAGCGAUUGGCAUUAUUAAACAUGACAAACGCACGGGCAAACCAAAAGUUUGGAUGUACAAAGACAAGAACACGGGAAAGUCGAAGGGCGAGGCAACAGUCACGUAUGAUGAUCAAAACGCCGCACGCUCAGCUAUUAGCUGGUUUGAUGGCAAAGAUUUUAAAGGCAGCACAAUAAAGGUGCAAAUGGCGCAGCACAAAAGCAAUUGGCAGGGUAGCCGCAUGGGCGGUGGUCGUGGCGGCGGUGGCCGAGGUCGGGGUGGUAGUUUCGGCAGUCGUGGCGGAGGCGGCGAUCGCGACGAUCAUCAUCGUGGAGGCGGUGGCGACGAUCGUCGUGAUAGUGGCGGCCGCGGAGGCGACUGGAGGUGUCCCAAUCCCGACUGCGGCAACACGAAUUUCGCGUGGCGGGAUCAGUGUAAUCUCUGCAAGAGCGCGAAACCAGAAGGUCUUGGUAGUUACGGCGGCAGUGGCAGUGGUGGCGGUGGUGGUGGCGGUAGAGGAGGUGGUGGCCGAGGUGGCGACCGCGGAAGCAGAGGCGGUUUCAGGAACGAUCGAGGUGGACGUGGAGGUGACCGAGGUGGCAGAGGCGGUGGCGGUUUCCGUGGUGGAGACCGAGGCGGCCGCGGUGGACGAGGCGGUCCCAUGAGGGGUGGCAGCGGUCGAGGUGACAGGGAUAGAGACCGUCAGCGACCAUACUAAUGUCAUCUUCGUAAGAAAUAUCAACGAUUGACCCACUAUUAUUAUAAACAACUUGUACACAUAUUGUACACAUUGUAAGUGCUUGUACAUUUCGCAAAAUGGAAGCAGUCACUCUUUAUUCUAUACAUGUGACAUGUAUUUCUUAUUGUCUUUCUUUUCGCGUGAUCUUUUUAUAUUCAUCAGAACUAAAUAUUACAUAUGUAUGUUACGUUCGUAUAAAGUCAAUAUUCAAAUAGACAACAUA